UCUACCUGCGGCGAAUUAGAAAUGGGACGAGGGCGCGACUGCGUCGCUUCCCGCUCAUGCCGAACGGUAUCGGAGCUCAGUGGCUCGUUGCGCAUCUAUGCGUCCUGGCAAGGGAGCGAAACUCCGCUCGGGAGCUUGGCCGUGUGUUGACAGACUCGCGGAGGGGCAGGAGCGGCGGCGGCAGGAAUUAGGAAUGGUUUCCUACAGCUGAAGUUGGAUAUUCAGACCUUUCGUUAUUCCUAAGCGAUUACUGGACCACCGCGAUGAACCUUUUACCUUCCAACCCCCAUGGAAACGGCCUCCUUUACGCCGGAUUUAACCAGGACCACGGUUGCUUUGCGUGUGGAAUGGAAAAUGGAUUCCGAGUAUAUAACACUGAUCCCCUGAAAGAGAAAGAAAAGCAAGAAUUCCUUGAGGGUGGGGUUGGUCAUGUGGAGAUGCUCUUCCGAUGCAACUACUUAGCCCUUGUGGGAGGAGGAAAGAAACCCAAGUACCCACCUAACAAAGUUAUGAUUUGGGAUGACCUGAAGAAGAAGACAGUCAUAGAGAUCGAGUUCUCCACAGAAGUGAAAGCGGUGAAACUCCGGAGAGACAGGAUUGUGGUGGUUCUAGAUUCUAUGAUCAAGGUGUUCACCUUCACUCACAACCCCCACCAACUACAUGUGUUUGAAACCUGCUACAACCCCAAAGGCCUUUGUGUUCUAUGCCCCAACAGUAACAAUUCCCUGCUGGCCUUCCCGGGAACACACUCUGGCCACGUGCAGAUUGUGGAUUUGGCCAACACUGAGAAACCCCCUGUGGACAUCCCGGCCCACGAGGGAGCCCUGUGCUGCAUUGCGCUCAACCUGCAGGGCACGCGGAUAGCCACUGCUUCCGAAAAAGGGACUCUGAUAAGGAUAUUUGACACCUCUGCAGGCCACUUGAUCCAGGAACUAAGGCGGGGCUCACAAGCAGCUAACAUUUAUUGUAUCAAUUUCAACCAGGAUGCGUCUCUCAUCUGCGUGUCCAGUGACCACGGCACUGUACACAUAUUUGCAGCAGAGGAUCCUAAAAGGAACAAACAGUCUAGCUUGGCUUCAGCAAGCUUCCUUCCCAAAUACUUCAGUUCCAAAUGGAGCUUCUCCAAGUUCCAGGUCCCCUCUGGCUCCCCCUGUGUCUGUGCCUUUGGAACGGAGCCCAACGCAGUCAUAGCCAUAUGUGCUGAUGGCAGCUAUUACAAGUUCCUGUUUAACCAAAAAGGGGAAUGUUCCAGGGAUGUUUAUGCACAGUUUCUGGAAAUGACAGAUGAGAAAAUCUGACCCACUAGGAACCUGUAUAAAGGUUUCUUAUCAUUUUUUUCCCCUUCGGUCUUUUCAUUCCCUCCUGCUGAAGACGGACACAAAUGGCACAUCACAAUUUGAGUGUCUGAGCUGGGAGAGGUACUGUCAGAGCACAGUGGUCACACAGGACAAGUAGAGGAGAGCCUCAUAAACUUGAACAUCUGACCUAUGGAAUUUUAUUUCCUGUGUUGGGAUUUACAAAAUAGUCUUAUCUUGACAGGCAAGCCUGUGCAGUGGCAGAAGAGACUGAGUCGAGCGUCGUUUAAGAGCGAUAUAAUUCUUUUUUUCCUGAAAGGACAGUUUUUUUUGUUUAACACAUAACAUUUCAGUUUGUUCUACACUAGUCAUGUAUCUUCUGGCGGCAACCUUGUGGUGAUCACACUAAAGAAUGUAAUACUGUGGUAUUCAUUAUAAUAUUUUUUUAUUUUAAAGAAGAAAGCUGAUUCUCCUGUUUUGUUGAGUAACACCACCUAACCAGGUAUAGGGAGUGCCUCUGCUGAUUUACAAAGUAAGUUUCACUUAUAUAAAUAUACAUACAUUUAAAUACCUAUUAGCACUAGAUCUGAUUUUACUCAAUGUAUAAAGCCAAUAUUCCAUAUUGAAUCUAUGUACUUGUAGAGAUUAUACAUAUACAAAAGUUUUCUUGCCCCUCAUGUCCAUGAUCUUUACUCGUAUGUGCAAUGCUUUCCUUUUCAUUUUCUCCAUCAGUGUUACAGCCAGCUCCAACCAUUAAUAUGUAACCGUCUUCCCAUUGCUAUGACUAUUAGGAGCAUGGUGCCAAUACCAUAAAUUACUCAUAAGUUUCUCUGCUAUUUAAUGAUGGCGCCCGAUGGGUAGGGAACGAGGAGGAUCACCAUUUUGGAAUUAUUCAUUUUCCCCAUGCAUAUCUGGCAGAAAACAACUUCAUAGCUUACCAUAAUGAGAUCAUACUUUGUGGAGGUUGUGUAAUUAUAUCUGCGAAAGAGGACUUUCAUUUGUAUUGCAUGUUGUGUCCAGAUUAUUUGUGAUUCUUUUGGGUGAUUUUUUUUUUUUUUAUAAAACAGGCUAAUCCCAGUGGUUUCCUUUUGACUUAUUACAUUAUUUAAAAGCAACAAAUUAGACACUGGUUGGUUUUGAAGAAUUUUACUUUUUUUUUUUUAAAUCUCCUGACUCUCAACUUGGCUUUUAUUGCUCUUCGUCAAACUAAACCGGGAAGUUCCUGUCACAUGACCCAGGCAAAGUCACUCUUAAAUGUGACAUAAAAGGAGAGAACUUUUGGCAUGGUGCUUCGGUAACUGAGUCUGGUACUUGCUUACCUAUUACAUGCCAGUUCUCAAGAUAUGGAAUUUUAUUUCCUUUGCUGAGAUGGAAAAAAAAGUCUUAUCCUGACAAGUGAUACUGAGCAGUGGUGGGAGAGACUGAAUCAAGCAUCGUGUACACUUUUCCGUGGAUUUAACAGAAUCUCAGGUGUUUGCAUUUUGGGUCAUUUUAGAGCAGCCAGUCCCUCCACCGUGGGAUUCAUUGUGUCCGUUGCAUGUUUUCUAUAACUGUUGUCCAGGCCUACAGGCUGAUCAUUGUCAUUUCAGACUGGCAGUUCAGAAUGUAAAUGUAUGCUCAGAUUCCAGCCUGGACUAAAUAUAAUGGGAUAGAACCUCUGCAUGACUAAUGGAGAGGAUAAUGUCAGGUGGAGUCGUGCCCUAUUUAGACAGCAAAAUUUCAUGCUUUUUUAUUAUUUCAGUUGUUAAACUUAACAAUUACCUAUGAAUGGCUCAGUCUACAAGCUUUCAAUCACAAAUCACUCAUUUCCAAGCAUCUAAGCCUACAUUGGGUUCAGCUGCUGUCUCCUUGACCAUGAAGCCUAUUUCACUUUGCCAUUCACUGAAUUUUUAUGUUUAGUAACAGCAAUAACUUUACAGCCAGAAACUGUCUGAAUCACUCAAAUGUGAAUGCACUGUUGUAUGAGUUGAAUGUUUCUUGCUGGGGGGAGAAAUUCUGAAAGAACCCGUCUACAAUUGAAGACUGGGCCUUUUCCACCAAGAGGUGUUCAGUGUUGUAAUUAUAAUGGCAAUCAUCCAUCCACAAUAGUUUAAAUUGGCUGCAGACUCCACUGGCUGCUGCCUAAGCAUUUCCUCGUUAGACAGCUGCAUGUCAUUACUGCAACCUGUAUUUUGGAAAAGCAGAAAGCUUGGUUGGAAGUUUCUCAUAAAAAAAAGCAGCACUGGGUCAUAGUGCAUAGCCCUAGACAGUGUCAGUCUUUUGGAAGUGGAGAAUACCAAAGUACAGGUGAGAGUUGGGAAUAAAUAGUGAUAUACAUUAUAAAUGUUUACAGGCAACCUAUCAAGGAAAUAUGUUAAUAGCUGAACCUAUGGUCGUACAGAAGGUUUGGAAACAUUCAUACCUGUAUGCAUUUUUGCGGCCUUUUUCUCAUGUUCAAGCAAAGGUAUUUGAUUAAUAUUUCAUUAAAACGAACAUACCAAUCA